AACAGAUUCUGAGAGCUCUCACCAGCAAUCGAACACUUCCAGUGUCUUUUGUCCAGUUCUCCCUCAAUCCUUACUUUCAUCGAGAAAAAAUGGCGAUGAUCCCUAGUUUCUUUGGCAACCCAAGGAGCAGCAUCUUCUGUCCUUUCUCUCUCGACGUAUGGGAUCCUUUCAAGGAUUUCCCUUUCUCUUCUUCUUCACUCACCACACACACCCCUGAAACCUCUACUUUUAUCAACACCCGUAUCGACUGGAAGGAAACCCCGGAAGCUCACGUAUUCAAGGCUGACCUUCCAGGGCUCAAGACAGAAGAAGUAAAAGUCGAGAUUGAAGAUGACAGGGUGCUCCAAAUUAGCGGAGAAAGGAAUGUUGAGAAGGAAGACAAGAACGACACCUGGCACCGGGUUGAGCGUAGCAGUGGCAAGUUCAUGAGGAGGUUCAGGUUGCCGGAGAAUGUGAAGAUGGAUCAGGUUAAGGCUUUCAUGGAAAAUGGGGUUCUCACCGUUACCGUUCCUAAGGGGGAAGUGAAGAAACCUGAUGUUAAAGCCAUUGAGAUUUCUAGUUAAAACCGCGUUUGAUUUAUAUUGAACUUGAGAGUUCUUCUUAUAUGUUCUUGACUUGUAUGUUAAAAACAUGAAAUUAGAUUUCUCAAGGUUUUAUGUACUAAUGUAAAAUGUUCUUUAUCAAAUUGACAAUACUUCCUUUGCGAG